AUGGAGCAUUUCCAGGCUGGCGAGCCAGAAAUGCAUCCCUGUUUUACUCCUCCAAGCUCUACCGGACAACCCAGUCCUACUCGUCAGGAUGAGGACUCCAAGUUGUCCUGUCAACUCUGGCCCGAUGGCAUUCAGACACGUGGCCGGGUCACUGGCAGUGAACAUAACUCUUCUUAUCGCGACAGGCGACACUACUAUCGUCCUGAUCAUAUACCAAUGAGAUUCAGAGUGUCAUCCCAACACUUCAGGAGUCGCCGAUCCUCAUCACCAUCAUCUGACUCGGACGUCACAAAUAAUUCGUCAGAAGACGAACUUUUUGUUCUUCCAGACCUCCCCCCCUCGAAAAACUUGUCUUACUACGUGCAACGUGCAAAAAGACAGUUUAAACCUUAUGACACGCACCGUGGCCAUGGGCCUAACGCAAUUGAGCUUCAGUUUCUUCACAAGUCUGUCGGAAAAUACUCUGGCGAGACUGAUAUGACUCUGGCUGAUGUUCAGGCGAACUGUUCGAGCGUGGCUUGCGAGGCAUGUCUGGCAAGGCCAUCGCUUAAGCCGUUGUUGCGAUGCAAGCUACCCCGCACAAAGCUUCUUGAAACGAUGCUGGAGCAGGAUGCUCUAGAAUAUGCUCGUAGCGACGCAGAAGCUUCCUCUUUCAACAAGCUUUUGGUAGGGCGUACCUCGAAAGAACUCAAUAUCAAUAUAGACUUCAACAUCGGCGCAUAUGGCUGCGAUAUGACGUCUUUCAUGGUUUCCGAUGUGCAGCUUGAUCACCUCGAGGCUUUUGCGCACAAAUUAGGUCUGCCUGAAGAAGACCUUGGGAGUUGGAAAUUUACCAGUGCAACAAAUAGCUAUAUGUUUGAAAUGUAUGCAUCAAGCGGGAGUCUAACACUUUCAGAUAUUGUCAGCCUCCUACCAGAGUCACUAGCGCUGCCAUCAAAGAAUGCUGCAGGGCGAGUGAAAGUGAAAUCGAAGGCAUUCUCGUGGAAAAGGAUGUUGCCUUCAUACUUGUUUCCACCAUCUAACACUAUUCCAUGGCCUUACUACCGUGACCAUCCAUCACUAAAGAGCGUUUUUGUGUUCUCUGCCAAAUUCCAGGUGAAAAUUUGGCACAUCACCGCAUGUCUACUACUUCGAACGUUGGACGAUCUGUCUGUCACUCCCUGA